UUCGUAAAUUGAUCGGUCAUGAGGGGACAGAAUGUGCGAGGGCGUCUUCGGCAGCAAGAUAUUGUGUUAGCUCCUGUUAGAGACCAAACUGCAAGGGCUCUUCGUGAAGCUCGACGGACUGGGGUCUUGAGUCUACCAGCGAGGAAUCUAAUCGAGUUCCCAUCGCCAGUUUAUCACUUAGAAGAACACUUGGAAAAGGACGAGAAGAAGUGGGAGUGCAUUGAUCUGGUCAAGAUGGACUUGAGUCACAAUGCGAUCCCUUCCAUAUCCGAUGAAAUCGGUGGUCUGACGUCCGUCACUUCGAUCAAACUGACGAAGAACGCCCUUCAAGUCUUACCUGAAGGGUUUUUCGAACUCCACGCUUUAACCUAUCUCGAUCUGAGCCAUAAUGAACUUGAGCAAAACCUCUCCGAGAGUUUUGGAGCACUAAUCGGGUUAAAAGAGCUCGGGUUAUCGGGCAACAAGCUCAGUCAUCUGCCAAACUCCAUAACUCUUCUUGAAAACCUCGAAGCGCUACAUGUCGACGAGAACAAGCUUACAGCUCUGCCGGAACGAAUCGGAAACCUUCACAAAUUACACGUUUUAAACGCGCACUCGAACCAUUUGACUGCUCUUCCAUCUUCAUUCGGAGCGCUUCGAAACAUGCAGAACCUUGAUCUCAAGAAGAAUCGACUGGAGUCUACGGGUGACGCACUGGCGACGCUUACAAAGCUGAAGUUCUUGGACUUACGACAGAAUAAGCUCGCCGUUUUCCCAGCUCUGCCUGAAGGUGCAGAUCUGGACCAAGUUUUUCUCGGAUACAACACACUCUCGACUAUUAAUGAGACGUCCAUUUUACGCGUGAAAGACUCGGUCACUGUAUUGGAUAUGAGAGACAACAAACUGGCAAAUUUACCAGCUAACAUCGCGUGCUUGUAUCGACUAAAGACGUUGGAUGUGGCGAACAACGAUCUGUCGGACUUGCCACCAGGACUUGGCUACCUCAAACACCUUAAUCACUUUAUCGUGGAUGGAAAUCCUCUUCGAGCUAUCCGUCGAGCAGUGAUCAGUGCUGGAUGUGAGUCACUUAAGAAAUAUCUACGCACACGAGGAGCUCCUCCUGCUGGCGUUGAUGUCUUGGAAGAAGAACGAGACGAAUUGCAAAUAGAACGAGAACAGGCUGCAGCUUCUGGGACGAUGAUCCUCAUGAACAACUCUCUCAAUGUUUUGCCGCCAGACUUGGUAGGCCAAGGCCAAUUCGACUUCGGCUCGACGCUGUUUCACUUGAAUCUUUCGUCCAACCAAUUGCGCUCGCUUCCUGCUGCAAUCGGCGAGUUAGUUUCGCUCAAGACUUUGACUGUCGAGGACAAUGAGCUGCAAGCUCUUGAUCCCUCUAUUGCUGCGUUGCCUCAUCUGGAGCUAUUACGUCUUCGAAAGAACAGUCUUUCAGCGGAGAGUAUCAGUGAGUUUCUCGGAAACUCGCCUGCGUUGGGAGAUUCGCUUAAAGAAUUGGAUGUACGCAACAACAGCCUAGCUACUCUACCCGUAGAGAUCAGUCAGCUACGAUCUCUUGAAACACUACUGCUAGGCUUCAACCGACUCGAGACUCUCGAUCGCUUUCCGUGGUCGCAACUGACAAAAGUAAGCGUGGUUAGUGUCUCGGAUAACAAAUUGCGUGCACUCGGACGGAUCUACGACGCUCCACUGCUCGCUUCACUUUCAUUCGAGAACAACAGCUUGACCAAAGUACCGUGCGAACUCGGCUUGUGUCCGCACCUUCGCGCCAUCUACAUGAACGGCAAUCCGCAGCGAACUGUGCGAGGAGGAGUCAUCGCAAAAGGCAGCGCCGAGAUUCUGGCAUAUCUAAAGAACAAGCUCCCACCCGAUACGGUUCUCUCACCUCCGUCACCUGUUGCGGUAUCGCGCACUAAGAAGCCUUCAACUCCAGUUGCCCCACUCGACAGCUUUACCGUACUGAAUGAAAAUGCUGUUAUUGAACUCGAGUUAUCCAAGUUAUCGACGCAGAUCGAGCAGCUUGAGUCGCGGCUCGAUACUCAAACUCUGUCAGCUGCAAAACGCUUCGCACUCAAGAAAGAACUGGCGAUGUUACGCUCCAAAAAGAUCCGCGAGGCUCGCAAACUCCAGUGA